CCGGGAAGAUCCCACAUGCUGCGGAGCAGCUGAGCCCGUGCACCACAACUACUGAGCCCAUGCUCUAGAGCCCGUGUGCUGCAACUGCUGAAGCCCACGCAACUAGAGUCUGUGCUCCGCAACGGGAAGGCCACUGCAAUGAGAAGCCCGUGCACUGCAACGAAGAGUCGCCCUUGCUCACUGCAACUAGAGAAAGCCCAUGCACAGCAAUGAAGACCCGACGCAGCCAAAAGAGGAAAGAUACUCAGUGUCAGGCAUUUGUGAAGAGAGUCAUAAUGAGUCGUCUCUUUAAGAUAAUUAUGAUUAGCACCAUCUCAACGAAUGCCUUUUUUAUGGUCUUGUGGACUGAUUAUAAAACAAGAUACAACUUGUUCAGACUUUUUGAGGUCUCAGAGCUCAUCUUUGUGUCCAUCUAUAGCUCCGAGUUCUGCAUGAAGCUCUACGUGGACCCCAUCAACUACUGGAAGGAUGGCUACAACCUGCUAGAUGUGAUCAUUAUCAUCAUUAUCUUCAUCCCCUACAGUCUCCGCAAGAUCAAGGGCAAGCACUACCCCUACCUCAACAUUGCCGAUGGCGUACAGUCCCUGCGCAUUCUCAAGCUCAUCACCUAUAGCCGCGGCAUCCGGACACUCAUCACCGCUGUGGGGCAGACAGCUUACACCGUGGCCUCUGUGCUCAUCCUGCUCUUCGUCCUGAUGUACAUCUUCGCUGUCCUGGGCUUCUGCCUAUUUGGAGUUCCAGAGAGGGCUGACCUGAAUAACUGGGGGAACCUGGCUCUGGCCUUCUUUACCCUCUUCAGCUUGGCCACGGUCGAUGGCUGGACAGACCUGCAGCAGCAGCUGGAUGCCCGGAAUUUUAUUCUGAGCCGUUCAUUCACCAUCAUCUUCAUCUUGCUUGCCUCCUUCGUCUUCCUUAGCAUGUUCGUGGGUGUGAUGAUCAUUCACACUGAGGACUCUGUCAAAAAGUUGGAGCGGGAGCUGAUGCUAGAGAGACACAUGACACGCAUGGAAGAGAAGCAUGUGAUUUUGAAACGGCAGCAGGAGGAGCUCAGCAAGCUGAUGCAGACACAGAAGAAUGUUGACCACAAAAGUUUCACUGAGCUGGUGGAGAAGUUUAAGAAGACACUGCGGCACACUGACCCCAUGGUCUUGGAUGAUUUUGGCACUACCCUACCCUUCAUUGACAUCUACUUGUCCACUCUAGACAACCAGGAUGCUACCAUCUACAAGCUUCAGGAGCUGUACUACGAGAUCGUGCACGUGCUGAGCCUGAUGCUUGAAGACUUGCCCCAGAAGAAGCAGUCCCAGUCCUUGGAGAAGGUCGAGGAGAAGUAGUGGAUGUGGGCACCCAGGCACCGAGGGCCUCGCAGGCUGUGACACCCUGUCCCGCCAAUUAAACACAGGUUUUCUGAGUUGGCCUCUUCACGGUUGCUGUGAUCAUGGCAUUUCUCCACCUUUGGGAAUUGGGCCUGAGUAGAUGCCCAUGAAGUCUGAUUCCUCCCUCACAUGACACAGCCAGACCUUGGGAGUAAGGAGUAGGGAGUAGGGAGAGGGAGGCUCAAGGCCCACCCUGACCAGAAGACACACCUGGGAUCCACACUGGCUCUCUCCUCCUUUGACCCCAGCAUCAAGGACCCACCGGGUUCCUGGGAAAGCCACCUGAGGACCCUGGACCGAGAAGGGCUUCCAGCAGCCCCAUAAGAG